AUGCGUUCAAGUUGCCCGGAGCGACUGGACGACGGACAGACGACUUUUGCGCCAAAUCCGGCUUCAGUCUCCGAUGCCACUUGCCAGGACGAACUUUUUGUGUGUCUGUGUGGAUGUCUUUUGGUGUCUGCCGGCCUGUUGCCAGAGUUGUCGCCGACGCAACAGCCACGAUGGAUCAACUUGCUCAACUUUCUUCAUGCCGCAAUUGCGCCAAAGCUCGCGCGUCGUGUCAAAGCGAACAUUUCCCCUUUUUUCGCCUCUUCGUUCGCCAUUUUCCCGCCCAAAAUGCAUCCAUUUUCGGCCCGACCAGCCUCGACACAGCCUUCACUUGACCUCGGCACCAAAUGGCCGACUCGACCGACUCGGCGAAGCGAUGCGUCACGCGACAACGUCGAGGCUGAGCCGUCUCGCCUCGGCGGCGAGAAAGGCCAGUCGAAUCGACCGAGACGACGUGACGCCGCGACGAAGCAGCCCGACCGGAAGUCGGCCGCGAGACGGCUCACGGACUCACGCGCGCGCAGGCCACCGGCGAUGACUCAUCCCUGCCCAAUUACGCCACACACACACACACACACGCACGUGCGCGUGUGCGUGCGCAUCAGUUCGCUCGCGUCGGUCCGCCUUGUGGGACACACCAACACAGCAGGCCAACUCGACGAGCCGAAGUUUAAGCGACCGGCUGGAAAAGCGAGUCAUCGAUUGAACGGCUCUUGUCCGCCCAAGGCAUGCCGUCUUGCUGAGUGGGCUGCGCGCUCCAUUAUUGAUCGGGCCGACUUGAAUUUGACUGUGGCUGGCUCGACGAGCGAGUGCAUUUCGCCACUCCAUCUUUCGCCGCUUCGUGCUCCGCAGUUCUCUUCUGCUCUUGCUUUUUCUACCAUUUUCGCUGCUCUUUUGUCUUCUGAUGCUUCGUUUUCCCAAAUUCAUUUUUUCUCGCAACCUCUCCUGCCCCGUUUGUCUACCGAACUUCCUUCUUUUUUGCUACAUUUUCUGCUCCUUUGUUCCUUUUCUCGCCACAAUCCGCCCCACAACGCGCUAUUAACUCCUGCAUUGAGGCAUACAGUUGAACUGAUAGUUGGCCUCCAUUUCAUCUGCUUGUGCCUCGCUUUAUUCACACGCCAAAGGUAUCUGGCACACUUCUCGGUCAAGUUGGUCCUGACAGCCGGGUCUCAGCAACUAGACCCUUUCGUUCAUCCUUACUUGCAGACGUUGCUCUGCGUCCGUCUUCACCCCUCGGCUGACUCAGCUCUUCACUUUACCUUCCGUGGCCGAUUCGACUGUCUGACCAACGAGUGUGCGUGUCCAUAA